AUGGUAUAGGUUCUCCUGCUUGAGCAGGAGGCUGGACUAAAAGACCUCCAUAGUCCUACUCUACUCUACUCUACUCUACUCUACUCUACUCUACUCUACCCUACUCUAAUUAACCAAAGGGUUACUUUUCUUGACUAUUGUUCAUAUUCCCUAUAUUAUGUCUGAUACAUCAAUUUGAAUUUAAAUAGCAAAAAAAUUAGGAAAUACGAUUCAGAUGCAUUACUUCAUAUAGUGGUGUUUUUAAAAUGCUGCUUUGGUUGCAUUACUUACAUUUACAUUUUUGCUGAUUUUUGCCCAGUAUUUAAAUGUGAUUUAUGAUUAUCUUCUAAAUGCUAAUAAUUGCUAAUAAACAUGCCUGAAGAUGUGGCUGGAAGACACUACGCUUAAAAAGAGUCAUGUGUUCUAGUAAAGAAAAAAAUGAUCUUUGCUUGCACAGAGGAACGCUUAUUUUAUAGGUCACAGAGUGGGAAAAGGACCAUUUUGACCAUCAGUUGAUCACCUGCUUAAAAAGAAUAAAUUGUGUACAGAGGCAAUGCAAGUUCACACUUUCUGUAAUAUUUUUUAACGCUGGAUCACAACAUUUAAUUGUAUUCAUGGUGGUUAGUGAUAUGCUUAUUGUUGUACCCUAUUUUAUGCAGCCCUUGGACGUUACAGCAAGAGGUAUUCCAGAGUUCCAGGAAAACCACUUGAAUGUUUCUCUUCGCUGACAUUUGAGGUCUGACUCCAGCCUCUAGUGUAGUGGCUAUUCGUAUGGUCAGGUGGUCCCAGGUCCUCGUAGGCUUUGGCUGUAGAGGAGGUAGCAGAGUCCUACCAAACCUUCUACAAGAUAAAAUCAAGGCAGAGUUAUUUUGAGUUUGUUUCCCACAUUUUCCUUUUUCCCACACUUCUCCCUUUAAUGUUUCAUAACUUUCUACCCCUUCCCGUGGCAAGAUCUGCAUUCUUUCACACAUAAACAGAUGAUCUAUAAAAUCAAGAUGUUUAGAUUCACACUUCACAUAACUCUGUGGUCAGUUUGAAUAAAUUACAGUUGGCUGGGUUAAUACAAAAUGCUAAACCAUACGCCAUAUUUUAUAUGCCACAACUGAUGAGUUCCCAUAAUUUGAAGCCAAAGAAACCACAUUGAGGGCAGCACAAGAUGUGACUUCAUCAAACUUUGAAUUCCAGCACUUUCUUUAAAAUAAGUGCCCAUUCAGUCCUCUCUCUGUGUGCCAACAGGGCUAUAAUAAGAGCAUUUCCAAAGCAGAAGUCGUGAUCCGCUUUGCUUUUCAAGCCUCCAUUACCGUGCUGUGUAUUGCCUGCCCUUGUUCUUUGGGAUUAGCAACGCCAACUGCUGUGAUGGUGGGAACUGGAGUAGGAGCACAAAACGGCAUCUUGAUCAAAGGUGGAGAACCGCUGGAGAUGGCACACAAGGUUAAAGUUGUGAUGUUUGAUAAAACAGGAACCAUCACCCAUGGAACUCCAGUGGUGGUGCAGGUGAAGAUGCUAGUGGAGAGUAACCGGAUACCACGCAAGAAAGUCUUGGCACUGGUGGGAACAGCAGAGAGCCACAGUGAGCACCCUUUAGGAGCAGCAAUCACAAAAUACUGCAAACAGGAAUUGGAUGCAGAUACCCUUGGGACGUGCACUGAUUUCCAGGUGGUGCCUGGCUGUGGGGUUAGCUGUAAAGUUACCAAUGUUGAAGCCCUCCUCUGCAGCAAGAGUGAAACUGUAGAAGAGACCAACGUCAGGAACGCUGCUCUGGUGGGCGCGGAGGAGAAGGCUGAGCCACCGAUGCAGCCAGCUUUGAUCAUCGAUGAGCGGAUACCAGACCCAUGGAUGUCUCACAAAUAUUCUGUUCUCAUUGGAAACCGAGAGUGGAUGUCUAGGAACGGCCUCCUUCUCAGGGAUGAUAUUGACGAAGCAAUGGCUGAGCAUGAGCGCCGAGGCCGCACGGCCGUUCUUGUCGCUGUGGAUGGGGAGCUGUGUGGUUUGGUAGCCAUUGCUGACACUGUGAAGCCCGAAGCGGAUCUUGCUGUACGGACGCUGAAGGGGAUGGGUUUGGAGGUGGUCCUGAUGACGGGGGACAAUGGCAAAACUGCCAGGUCGAUUGCUUCUCAGGUUGGCAUCACAAAAGUAUUUGCUGAAGUGCUCCCCUCCCACAAAGUUGCCAAAGUGAGGCAGCUGCAGGAAGAAGGAAAGCGGGUGGCUAUGGUGGGCGACGGCAUCAACGAUUCCCCAGCCCUGGCCAUGGCGAAUGUUGGCAUUGCCAUUGGCACGGGCACCGACGUGGCUAUAGAAGCAGCUGACGUGGUUUUGAUCAGGAAUGAUUUGCUGGAUGUGGUGGCAAGCAUAGAUUUAUCACGGAAAACCGUUAAAAGGAUACGGAUCAACUUUGUCUUUGCUCUCAUAUACAAUCUUAUUGGGGUUCCUGUUGCUGCAGGUGUCUUCCUGCCGAUUGGUUUGGUUCUGCAGCCUUGGAUGGGAUCUGCAGCAAUGGCAGCCUCCUCUGUGUCCGUGGUGUUGUCUUCUCUGCUGCUAAGACUUUAUAAGAAGCCUACCUGUGAGAAGUACGAGCGCCAGGCCCGCACCCAGGGGAGGUGCAAGAGCGCUUCAGAAAUCAGUGUCCAUAUUGGGAUUGACGACGUUGGACCAGGGUCUCCGAAACUGAGCCUCAUGGACCGAAUUAUCCACUACAGUCAAGCCUCCCUCAGCUCCCUCUUCUCCGACAAGUGCUCCCUCAGCAACAUUGCCCUGAGCGAGCCUGACAAGCAUUCGCUUCUGGUUGGGGACUCCCGGGAGGAAGACGACACAACUGUGUGAAGUGGUGGAGCAGGGCCACGGUGUCUGCUGUUCGGGCAUUUCUUGUGCUUGACCUGCUCAGCUGAAUGAGGGUGCUCUGGGGUUUUUGCCCAGGGAGAUCAGGGUGUUCCACACGGUUUUGCUCCUCUUAGCAGCCAGGAUGGGACAAAAGAUUCCAAAAUGUAACAGAAUCGGGAGCUACAAUGCUGAGUCGCUUUUCAAGUUGAUUUUUUGGGAAGAAGCCAAAAUGACAAUAUCUUCUGGUUGCUACCAGCUCAUAGUUUCUAGGGCUUGUUGUUAUUUUCCCAUUUGCCAAAGAAGCGUGCCUUUCUUCUCCCCGGAAGCAGAGGCAUUCUCAGGAAAGGUCACGUCUGGAUCUGGGAAAGAGCAGAGCAGUCCUCUUCUGAGUGCCUUGCCUCUUUGGCCAACUGCAGAUUGGGCCCUCCUCCUCGUGGGGCUGUUGGAAGGCAGUCGAGCCCUGGUACCUUCUGGGCCUCAGCAGGACUCCAUCUUUUCUAUCCUUCCCCACUCUGUCAGGUUUCUCCCCUUUUUUCUUUGGUUGGAGUCCAGCAAAACCAGCCCUUCCUUUUGUCUCUGAUCACCAUCCAGACCCCGAAAGAACUCAAAUUGCCUCCCUCUCGUGGCCUCCUAUCCUGCUACGGAUAAUAUGUCAGGCGUGCACAGCUCAGAGGAUGCAGAGGGCUCUGGCACUUCCCUGCAAGAUCUGUCCUCCUCCAACACUAACUGCAGAAGGCAGAUUUGGCUUGAUGAUGAACAGCUGCUUGGAGAACAAAAUUGGCCUUGCACAAAACUUUUUGCUUUCAUAAUUUUGAAAUAGCGAGUGCAAGAAUUAGCCUUCUAAGAUCCAUGUGUCUUUUGACCUGAUGAUGAACUUGUCUCCAUUUAAAGCAAUCAAUCAGAAUAGAGCUGGAAGGGAUCUUGGAGGUCUUCUAAUCCAGCCCCUUGCUCAGUGAGCGGUGAGAUCCACUAUCAGGAUCAAAGUUCAUGGAAAAAAUAUUUAUUUAAUUUUCAGUUUUGUUUAAGUCACAAAAUGUAGGCAUUUUAAUACCCCUUAUAAAAACCAUUUGGAAUAUACAGCUAGAGAAACAUAGCCUAAAUCACAGCUUUUAAAAACCCUUUCUCCUCUUUUAGCCCUCCGGGAGUGGCCCCCGGAAGAGAGAGGGCUCAGGUUUUAGCUUUCUAGAGCAGAAGUCCCCAACCUUUUGGGCACCAGGGACCGGUUCCACGGAGAAAGUUUUUUCCACGGAUCAGCAAGUGGUUUUGGGUGCUGCCUGCAUCCCACGGAUGGGGCUUUGCUUGUUUGUGUGGACCGAUUGCUGGCACGCCGCGGCCCAGUACCGGUCCACGAACCAGGGGUUGUGGAUCCCUGAUCUAGACCCUGAUCCUGAUCUUAACUGGAGUUUGAUCGGGUUGUUAGGAAACCUGGCUCAGGUCCGGCUUACCCCUUUCCAAGGUAGCCCUUUCCAGAUGUCUUUGGGUUGCGGCGCCCGGCAACCUCAGCUUGGCCAGGCAUUGCAUGCAGCGUUUCUCAUUCUACUUGCUGGCAAAAGUCAUGCAGCGAGUAAGCCCCAGCUUUGAGGAGGACCGUUGGCUGGCCCAGGCUCAGGGGAAGAACAGGCACUGAUGCUUUUGAGGCGGAGCAAAGUAAGUUUGAUUUUUUAAAAAGAUCAUAUGUAAAAAAUUCUGUUCACAGAGCAGGACAUGUCUUAUUAUAUAUUGAUGUAAUAUGCCUCAGUUUAGUCAAGUGAAUUUCAUAGUAUGAAAACUGAAAAUUCACAUGGUGAAUUGAAUGUCAUCGUUUCCUAGUUUCUCAUCCAGUUGUCUGCCAUCCUGGAUUUUUAGAGUCUUUAUCUUGAUAUAUUUGUUAAUAAUGUUUUAUACUUGUUUUGUUUCAAAGAACCAAAAGUUGCUUCUUUGCCUCGAAUGUCCUUGAAUGCUCAUCAAAAAUGCAAAGUUACUGUUUCUAUAAAAAAAAAGUUUCUUUCCGGCCUCAAGCAGGCUUGUUUAUCAGGAAUCUUAAAUUAUCAGAUGUCAGCCUAACAACUUCAAAAGCUGAUUUUAGAAAAAGCUAUGCAUUUCAUUUAAAUAUAUUUAUUUUUGUUAUUUGCUUCUGGUAGUUCCAUGUAUCUGAAACACAUUUUACUCAAAGCAGACAUACAUGCAGGACAGGAUUUUCCCCAUGUGUAUUCCUUCCCGUUUUCUCUCUGGCUUUAAAUUCAAAAUUACCUUUCCUUUUCCCUUCCCUUCCCUUCCCUUCCUAGCUGGGUGUCCACUUCUUUUAAAACACGGGCACAUCCAUCUCUCCCUUUGGUGUCCACCUCUAUGCAUGUCAAGCAGAACCCAUUUUUUUAAAAAAAUAAUGCUGAAAAAAUACUCCAGGGAGGCCAGAGUGAGUGAUAGCGCUUUCAAUGUCUUUUAGCCUCUAAGAUCUUCCAAGCCAGCCUCAAUCACCUUAAAAUGCACCGGAUUUACUUCCCGUCUUCCUGGUUUCUGGCAUCCAGCAGCAUGGCUGGUGAUAGUGCAAGUUGCAGUCCCAGCAUUUCUGCAGGCACCCCAAGCCCCAAGGGGGGAGGCCUCCAGAGCACGCUUCUCACGCCAGCAAUGUGCAAAUAGUUCUCAGCUUAGCAACCUUAAUUCAGACUAGAAUUUUGGUCAUAAGUAAUUAACAGUCGUAAAUUGAGGCAUUCUUAUUACCUAAUCCACUUUUUCAACUGUUUUUACAGUGGUGAUUGAGGGAAUCACAUGGUCGUUAAAUGAAUCCAUUCUCCUGAAUGGACAUUUUCCCAAAAAGAAUUGCAAAUUGCAGUCACAUGACCAUAGGACGCGUCAACUAGUUGGUUGCCAAGCACCCAAAAUGAAAUCAUUUCUGCGUGUGUUUUGUGUGUGGGUGUGUGAGGUGUUUGUGACAUUUUAUGACAACUGGAAGUACUUUACAGCUCUAGUGUUACUGGUCACAAGUCAAGGAUGACCUAUCUAUCUAUGUUAUGCAAACAUACUUCAAUGCAUCCAAAAUUAAAGUGAAGCAGGGAUUGUUUUAUUGCAUUUAUGAUGGAGAUUUCUGAAGGUUUGGUGUCUGUUCUGCACAUUCCAUGGCGGCAGAUAUUUUAUCUGCUGCUGCUCAUCCCAGUUUUGUUAAGGAGGUCUGUCUGAUACAGACACCAGUUGAUCAAACAUUUUGGGUAAAUUCAGAAAACAGCAAAGAGUCAUUCUUCAGAUUCCUUAUGGUGAUCAGAAUUGUUUUUCACAAAUGAAGGCAAAUGUCUUUCCCUUUUUCGCCAGUUUGAAAAAUUAGUUUUUAAAAAAAAAGCUAGAACUGUUUUUGCCUCUCUGAGCCUCUUUGCUUCCUGCAGUCAAAAAGCUGAAGUCCCAGAUCUGCUGAUUCCGUUUUCAGGAAACAGUCCAAGGUUGUUGAAAGAAAGCUAAAAAGAACUUUAAGCAAUCUUGUGCAAUAUUAGUUUAUAUGAAGCAUAUGUCACGAUCUUCUCAAGAAUGUGCCUUCACUUCUAUAAAUGUUAUGCUGGAGCAUUAAAUGAUGUGUUAAAUUUUUCUUUUAAUGAUACUUUCUGUUUAGAAAAAUAUAUAGUAGCUAAAUAUUCUCAUCUGUCAGAAUUAUUUAAUUGCAUUCUUGAACCUAGUCUCCUUUCACAGAAUUAAGGAGGAUUUGAAAAUCACAGUGUCCAAUGAUCUCCCAUCCAGGCUUCUGGUUUAAAUACUUCUGGUACAAGAGUGGGCAAAGGCAUUUUGCAAAGGCAAAAUGGUUCACAGUUAGAUAGUAGGAAAAGUUCCCUUGGAGCAUUAGGAUGAAAUCAACUCCCUUGCAUUUUUAACCCCCUUGUUUAUGGUUCCAUCUCGUGGAGCAGCUCUGAACAAUUCUGCCUCUUCUUCUCCAUUUCAGCCUUCAGGUCCUUGAAGGAGAUCAUCAUGUCUCCCCAAAGUCUUAAGAGAAGGUUGAGCAUACCCAACGACUCCAACUUGUGGAGGGCCACAAAUUCUCCACCAGAAGGCAACCCCCUCCAAUAUCCUAAUAUGCUUUUCCCUGACUUUAUUAAAGAGAUCCAACAACGCAGACAUAUUGCUCAAAGGAAGAAACAUCAAUAUUUCAGGUUUCUGGCCAUCUUUAUCAAAAUCAUCCCAUGCUUAUGGAUAGUUCUUGGUUAACAAUAGAAUUGGUACAGGAACUCAAUCGUUAAGUGAUACGAUCAUAAAGUUCAGUGACACAACUGUGCCAACUUAAAACAGCCAUUCCAGUUGCUGUUUUUUUAGGGGAAUCCCUUGCAGUCUAUUAGGCAUGACAUCUCAUGAUUCCCAUCUGUGACUUCCUGCUGUCUUCCCCAAUGACUUUUACUUGUUGGAAGCUGACAGUGGUCAUUAACCAAGAGCUGCCUUGUAUGGAAGCUGAAAAAAAUCCCCCUUAAUUCUUGAAGCUUUUGUGAAACCUUUUAAAUUAUUUGCUAUUACAUGAAUUCAUUUUCAGGUUACUAGAUUUCUUUUAUCUGUGACUCAUAGUGAAUUUGUAUUGACUUCAGACCAAAAUAUAUAAUUAAAAGUAUGUCAGUUGCUAAAUCCUAAAUAAAAUUCUGAACACGCUCAAGCAGAAUACUGUUUUCAUCCCUUUCCUAAAGGAUAAAAGAAAGACUACUCUUAUUGGAAGGGGGCAAGUUGUUCAUAGUGAGGAGAGGGUGCUGGCAUCAGGUUCAACCCUCCCUAGUUUGCACAAAUAUAAAAAGGGGACAUUCAGACUUGAGUAUUUUUGCUAGUAUAUCUGUUCCAAUAAAAGUAGCCCUGACUUACA